AACAAGCUAAUCCUUAAAUCGGGUUAUAUAUCUAAAUUCCCGUGUACCUUUAACGCACCACACCGUUCAAGCCACCUGCAGCGGCACCUAGCGACCAUUCGGGUGAAUUUAGCGUAAGCAGCUCGUUUCUACGUGUCCCCCAGCUACGUGAAAUCCCGCUCCCAGCUUCCACAGGAGUAGCAGCGAUAGGUGAAGGGGUAAAAAAAGCAGAACGGGAGUCGGUCAAACAUGGGGGAAGUUGUUCUGCCACGCCGCAUGUUCCUCUGGUGCAUGGCGGUCAUCUACUUGACUGCUUUUGUUUCCCUCUACGUGCAGAUACCAGGUCUGUAUGGAAAUGAGGGGCUGCUCCCUGCCCGCUGGCAGCUGCGAUACAGCGGGAAGCCUCUGGUGGAGCAGCUGCUCUCCUCUCCCACGCUGUUGUGGCUGGGACCUCGGCUUGGCCUGGACACUCACACUGCCAUGGAGCUGCUGUGUCUUAUCGGUGCGGCACUGAGCCUUGCUGCCACGCUGGUGGAGGCUUUUCGAGACAGUGUGGUGUUCUUCUGCCUCUGGGUCUUGUACCUGUCUAUGUAUGAGGUAGGCCAGGUUUUCCUCUACUUCCAGUGGGACAACCUGCUCCUAGAGACGGGGUUCCUCUGUAUCCUUGUUGCUCCCCUGACUUUAAUCGGAGGGUCACGAGGGGUCAGAGAGCACGAUCGUGUCACCUUCUGGCUUACUCGCUGGCUGCUCUUCAGACUCAUGUUUGCAUCCGGGGUGGUGAAGCUAACCUCACGUUGUCCCACCUGGUGGGGCCUCACAGCCCUCACGUAUCACUACGAGACUCAGUGUAUCCCAACCCCUCUGGCCUGGUUUGCCCACCAGUUGCCGGUGUGCUGGCAGAAGCUGAGCGUGGUGGGAGCCUUCGUUAUCGAGAUCGCUGUUCCGUUCCUGUUCUUCAGUCCACUGCGGAGGCUCCGACUUGGAGCUUUUUACUUGCAGGUGCUGCUUCAAGUCUUCAUCAUUUUGUCUGGCAACUACAACUUCUUCAACCUGCUGACUGUGACCCUCUGUCUGUCACUUCUGGAUGAUCGCCAUGUCUAUUUCUGGUUGCGCAAGGCAUACAAGACUGAUAACGGGAAUGAUGACUCAAAGCUGUGGUCGUGGCUGUGUUACCUGCUGGAGCUGGUGGUCUGGGCUCUGCUGAUUGUUGGAACAAUCAUCUGCUUUGACCUGCAUCUGGAUACAGCUAAGAAAGGCAUCUCCUCGCGGACAGCAUUUACAUACCACCAGUUUAACCUGUUUCUGAAGACCGUCACUAUUCCCUGUAUCUGGAUCGGUGUCCUCUCACUCACCUGGGAGAUGGUUACCUCUCUCUUCAGGUGUGCGUGUGUGUCUGGUUUCUUUAAGAGGUUUUGGGGAACGGUCCAGUGGACGGUGUUCGCAGGGGCUGCAGCUUCAAUGUUCGCUGUCAGCCUGGUGCCGUUUACCUUCAUAGAGUACGAUUCCAACUCCAGGUUGUGGCCAGGAGUGCGCCAAGCCUAUGAGAUGGUUGAUCGCUAUCAGGUAGUCAACUCGUACGGUUUGUUCAGAAGGAUGACCGGAGUUGGCGGGCGACCCGAGGUUGUCAUUGAGGGAAGCAGUGAUGGGGUCACAUGGACGGAGAUUGAGUUCAUGUAUAAGCCAGGGAAUCUGAGUGCACCUCCUCCUGUGCUGACACCCCAUCAGCCCAGGCUGGACUGGCAAAUGUGGUUUGCUGCUCUUGGGCCCAAUACGCAAUCUCCAUGGUUCACCAGCCUGAUGUACAGACUCCUGCAAGGAAAAAGAGACGUUGUUGAACUGAUCCAGUCGGAUGUAUCCCAGUAUCCAUUUCACCAGCAGCCGCCUGCCUAUCUGCGAGCUCACCGCUACAGAUACUGGUUUACCGAAUCAAAGGCUGACGGCUCUUUCCCAGAGCGCUGGUGGAGGAGGGUCUAUGAUGAGGAGUUCUAUCCCAUAGUGCAUCUGGGAAACAGUUUCCUAGAGGGCAUGCUCAACCAAUAUGGACUUAAGGACAAGUCUCCUCCGCGCCGUUUGUCCAACACCACUGUUGCCCAAGCGGUGAGGUGGGUGCGCUCUCAGGUCAGAGGUGUCCCUGCGCACACACUUAUCUGGACCCUGAUUGCCUGCAGUGCCACCUUCUGUCUACUUCAGGGAUUGCGACAUAAAAGCAAAGAUGCAGAGAAGCCUUCAGACGCUCACAAGGCCACAGCGACCGAUCGUACUGAAAAUGCGGCCGACGGCUCUUCUUCAGACCAUCGUGAGAAGUCUGAUGAACAGCAGGCAGAUGAGGAGGCUGACAAAGAAGCAGACAGUGAAGACGAGGUGGAAGAGGAGGGAGAAGAGGAGAACGAAGUUGAUGAAGAAGAUGAGGAUGAAGAAAGGAUAGAAAAAAGAUGAGGGCCUUGAAAAAGCUACUGGUAAUCCAUCGUAGACUGUUAUCACGUCUGCCUUUAUAAAAUGUUACCAAGAUGACCAAAGAAGAUGUUUUCUGUAUUUUUGUGUUUCCCGAUCAGCCACUCGUUAACAACAUGCCUGCCUUGUUUCACCAACACUUCACUGCACCACACUGUAUCUCUCUGUAUUUCUGCUUCAUCACUUUGCAGAAGUUUUUUAAACAUUUUAAUGCCUUCCUUGUCAGUUCUGACAUAUACAGCUGAACACCUGGAGAAACCCAGUUUAAAAAAACCAAACAAAUCAUGUAGAAUGAAACGAGAAACGAUGAUGUGGGCUCUGGUUUGUCUAGCGUUGACGCUACUGUUCGGCACAGUUUGUCUCCCGCCUGUGCUGUUUGCGUCUUGCUGUAUGUACAGAACUAAAUCACACAAGCACUUUUCCCCUUUUCUACAAACGUGUGUUUUGGGUUUUGUUUUUGUUUAAGAUUUCAAAUUAAACACAUGGAACACUGUA